UGAACCCACGUUGAGUGUUAUUCCUGAAACUUCUCCACUUGCUUCUCAGCGUUAGUGUACUUUUCAUGAAUGGAUAGUGCGUUAUCAUCCUUGAAGUAACUUUGUGAAACCAGUCGCCAUUCUGCCACCACGCUCCUUGUCAGAAAACCAUCAACUUGGGACAUCUUGGCUCUUUCUCUACCGAAAUGUCAGCUAAAAUCAUCAGCGGGAAAGAGGUUUCAGCGCAGGUGAGGGAGCGCCUGAAGAAGGAUGUGGAGCAGAUGAAACUCAAAGAUCCCAACUUCAGACCUGGUCUGGUGGUUCUGCAGGUUGGAGAUCGUGAUGAUUCAAAUCUCUACAUCAGCAUGAAGCUGAAAGCAGCAGCAGAGAUUGGAAUAAACGCAACACACACGAGACUUUCCAAGACUGCGACAGAAGAAGAGGUUCUUCAUGCUAUCAGAGAAGUGAAUGAAAACUCAUCUGUACACGGGCUGAUCGUGCAGCUGCCACUAGAUUCAAUCCACAAGAUCGACACAGAGAAGGUUACGAAUGCUGUGGCCCCAGAAAAAGAUGUAGACGGACUGACCAGCAUAAACGCAGGGAAACUGUCUCGAGGGGACCUUGCUGACUGCUUCAUUCCCUGCACACCAAAUGGCUGCAUGGAGCUGAUCAGACAAACUGGUGUGUCUGUGGCAGGAAAGAGAGCUGUAGUGAUUGGUCGUAGUAAGAUUGUUGGUGCACCCAUGCAUGAUCUGCUGCUGUGGAGCCACGCCACCGUCACCACCUGCCACUCCAAAACGGCCGAUCUGCCGGGAGAGGUGAGCAAAGCUGACAUCCUGGUCGUCGGUAUCGGAAAAGCAGAAAUGGUGAAAGGCGACUGGAUCAAGAAGGGAGCAGUGGUCAUUGACUGCGGUAUCAAUCACAUUCCAGAUGAGACCAAACCCAGCGGGAAGAGGGUGGUGGGUGACGUCCACUUUGAGUCAGCCAAGGAACAGGCUGGCUUCAUCACACCUGUACCUGGUGGCGUGGGACCGAUGACUGUAGCCAUGCUGAUGUCGAACACAGUGCUGAGUGCAAAGCGUUUCCUUGAUGAACACCAGCCUGGAAAAUGGGACAUUUCUUACACCAAACUUAACCUCCAGAAGCCUGUGCCGAGCGACAUAGUGAUUUCCCGCUCCUGCGUGCCCAAACCCAUCGGCCGUGUAGCCAAGGAGGCGGGCCUGCUCUCCGACGAGGUGGAGCUCUUCGGCCAGACUAAGGCCAAGGUUCAGCUGAAUAUCAUCAAACGGCUGCGGUCCCAGCCAGACGGCAAAUAUGUGGUGGUCACUGGCAUCACACCGACUCCUCUGGGUGAGGGCAAGAGCACCACCACCAUCGGCCUGGUCCAGGCCAUGGGAGCCCACAUGAAGCUCAACGUGUUUGCCUGUGUCCGACAGCCUUCUCAGGGGCCCACAUUUGGCAUUAAAGGUGGUGCUGCAGGAGGUGGAUAUUCUCAAGUUAUUCCAAUGGAAGAGUUCAACCUCCAUCUUACUGGUGACAUUCAUGCCAUCACAGCUGCCAACAACUUGGUGGCUGCCGCCAUCGAUGCCCGCAUGUUCCACGAGUCCACACAGACUGACAAGGCGCUGUACAAUCGCUUGGUCCCACUCAGUGGUGGGCAGAGGAAGUUCUCCCCAAUCCAGAUUAACAGACUCAAAAGACUGGGCAUAAACAAGACGGAUCCCUCCACGCUUACUGAUGAAGAGAUCACCCGCUUUGCCCGCUUGGACAUGGAACCGAGCACCGUUACUUGGCAGAGAGUGUUGGACACAAAUGACCGAUUCCUGAGGAAGAUCACUAUCGGUCAGUCGCCAACUGAAAAGGGCCACACGAGAGAAGCCCAGUUUGACAUCACCGUGGCCAGUGAGAUCAUGGCGGUGCUCGCCCUCACCUGCAGCCUGGAGGACAUGCGAGAGCGCUUGGCCAAGAUGGUCGUAGCCACCAGCCGCGGGGGACAGCCCAUCACCACCGAGGACCUGGGCGUGAGCGGCGCUCUAACCGUGCUAAUGAAGGACGCCAUCAAGCCAAACCUGAUGCAGACUUUGGAGGGAACACCUGUGUUUGUUCACGCUGGCCCCUUCGCCAACAUCGCCCACGGAAACUCCUCCAUCCUGGCUGAUAAAAUUGCUUUAAAGCUGGUUGGACCUGAUGGAUUUGUGGUGACGGAGGCUGGCUUUGGUGCUGAUAUCGGCAUGGAGAAGUUCUUUAAUAUCAAGUGUCGCUACUCAGGCCUGAGGCCUCAUGUGGUGGUGCUGGUGGCCACAGUCCGAGCCCUGAAGAUGCACGGAGGAGGACCAACUGUCACUGCUGGGAUGCCACUGCCGAAGGAAUACAUAGAGGAGAACCUUGAUCUGCUGAGGAACGGCUGCAGCAACAUGAAGAAACAAAUAGAAAAUGCAAAGUACUUUGGUGUGCCGGUGGUGGUUGCCGUCAAUGCCUUCAAGACAGACAAUGAGGCUGAGCUGGAGUUGGUCUGCAGCGUGGCCAAAGCUGCCGGAGCCUUCGACGCGGUGCGAUGCUCCCACUGGGCGGAGGGUGGAGCCGGCGCCGUAGCGCUUGGUCAGGCCGUCCAGAGGGCCAGCGAGGCCCCCAGCAACUUCAAGUUCCUCUAUGAUUUGGAGCUCCCGAUUGCUGACAAGAUCAGAAUAAUUGCUCAGAAGAUCUACGGAGCAGACGAUAUCGAGCUUCUCCCCGAGGCCCAGCGCAAGGUGGAGCUCUACACCAAACAGGGAUUUGACCACCUUCCAAUCUGUAUGGCGAAGACGCACUUGUCUCUCUCUCAUGAAGCAGACAAGAAGGGUGUUCCCUCUGGUUUCACGUUGCCAAUCAGGGACAUCAGAGCCAGUGUGGGCGCCGGCUUCUUGUUCCCACUGGUCGGCACGAUGCCCACAAUCCCCGGCCUGCCCACCCGACCCUGCUUCUACGACAUCGACCUGGAUCCUGAGACCGAACAAGUCAACGGGCUCUUCUAAAGACGGUUAAGAUGUGCGCCACAUGCUUCCAUGUCAUUCAGGAGAUCACACCUGGUAAAAUAGUUUCUGUUUCCCUUCUUUGUCUAAACACUUCCCUGUUAGCCGAGGAAGUGCCUCCAGCUUGUUUUCUGCUACCGUUAAGUGGGUUUAACUAGUUUCACUAAUUAGUAUGUAAAAUCCAGCUUUUCCCAGAAGGUUUCUUACAGAUAAAUCAAGAGACAAUCCCUAAAAUUGUCAGUUUAAUGGAUGUUAUUACAUGAGUAGCGGUUCCUGUUGACAAAUUCCAUUUACAUCACAGACUGAACAAACACAUUUCACAUAUUGAUCUCCCCAAACUGUCAAACAUGAUUUUCAGGGUCUUGUAUUCAUUAUUUUUGUAUAUUUUGUGACCAAUGUCAUCUUUGUCGCUACACUGUCUUUGAAAAUUAUCCUGAGUCUUUUUGGAUACAAAUAUUACAAACUGAUUAAGUAAAACUAAUGCUGCUUUAAAAAGUGUCUUUGUUUAAUUUGUACUGGUUUCAUCCAGUUUGUUUUGCCUUUCAAGUAUUUUAGCUGUCUCUAAAACUGUAACAGUAAUUUUGAUGUCUCUUUUAUUUUAAAUCCUAACUGAAUUAAUUCCACCUUCUGUCAGAAAAAGUUGAAUAAAGUCUCUUUAAUGGAAA